UCUCCGGCCCCGCCCCCACCGCACCGCCAGGACCGUUUCUUCGGUAACUUGUUCCGCCCGGACUCAGCGUCGCCGUCACUUCCUGUCCGUUGGAGUCUGAGGUGAGGGGUUGUUGUGGAUGGGAACAUUACAUUACCUGGGAGGAUUCGGAGCAUCCAGGUCAGCUGUUAUGAGUGAGAUGCUGCAACAAGGAUCCUGCCUUGCACCAGCCGACUGUACAAAGUGGUCCAAUUCAGAAAGAGAAAGUCAUCCAAGACAACUGAACAGACAGCUGAGGAUCAUGAGUUGUCGAAUGCUCUCGAGUUUCCUGAGAUAUGCUGCUGGAUCAGUUUUUCAUCACUAUGCCUGUUGCUGGGGCCAAUGGACAUGUGCUGUCAGGAGUAAAGCCUUGCAGAAAAACCUGAGUACAACAACACCCUUAUUCAUAAAAACAGAACAAGUUUUCACCAGAGCUGGAAAUUUUGCAGACAGACUUGCAAUUGUAGAUGAUAAUGGUCAUUACACAUACAGAGACCUGUACCAAUACAGCCUGGGCCUUUCGAGGAAGAUUCAAAGUGCUUUGGGAUGUUUUGAUGGCGACAUCAAGGAGCAAAGAAUUUCAAUCCUGUGUCCGAAUGAUGUGUCGUACGUCGUUGCCCAGUGGGCCUCUUGGAUGAGUGGCGGGGUGGUAGUGCCCCUGUGUAGAAAUCAUCCGGUACCAGAGCUCGAAUAUGUUGUUCAAGAUUCUCAGAGCUCAUUAAUCAUUGUGGAGAAGAAUUAUGUAGAACUGGUGACACCAGUCGCUGACAGACUUGGUGUGAAAUGCCUUUUGAUACGAGGUUACAAUCUGUCCCAAGAAUCUUCUCCUGAUACUGAACAACUGGAGAGAGAAGCUGCUGCUCCUGUGCCAGAUGCCAGUUAUGUUGUCACAGACUGGAGGGACAGAGGAGCCAUGAUACUGUACACAAGUGGGACAACAGGGCGUCCCAAAGGAGUCCUCACCACCCAUGGCAUACUGUGCAGUCAGGUGACCAGCCUGGUGAAACAAUGGGAAUGGAGCAGGGAUGAUGUGAUUCUCCACGUUCUACCACUACAUCACCUCCACGGAGUUCUCAAUAAACUGCUGUGCCCCCUCUGGGUGGGGGCUACCUGCGUGAUGCACCCAGAAUUCAAUGCCAAACGGGUUUGGGAUUACCUGCUGAAAACUGAUUGUGCAGAAGUUCCCCGGAUCAACAUGUUCAUGGCAGUGCCUACUAUAUAUGCCAAACUCAUUGAGUAUCAUAACAAGCACUUCACACAGAACCAUGUAAAGGAUUUUAUAUACAGUAUGUGCCAGAGCAAAAUCAGAUUAAUGGUUUCAGGAUCCGCUGCUCUUCCUAAACCAAUCCUGGAGAAAUGGAAACAAAUCACUGGUCACGUAUUGUUGGAGCGAUAUGGGAUGACCGAGAUAGGAAUGGCUCUGUCUAACCCAGUGCGUGGGGUCCGUAUUCCUGGGGCUGUUGGGACCCCACUGCCUGGAGUGGAGGUGCGCAUUGCAAUGGAAAACUCCACAAGGAACCAAUCUUCCUACACUGUCAUUGCUGAGGGGAACAGUAGAGAGACUAAGGUGAGACCUGGAAUGCAAGGCAAAGAAGGAGAGCUGCUGAUUAAAGGACAUUCAGUAUUUCGAGAAUAUUGGAACAGAACAAAAGAAACAGAGGAAUCAUUUACAUCGGAUGGCUGGUUCAAGACAGGGGACACGGUGUGUUACAGGGAUGGUGUUUACUGGAUUCUGGGCCGCAGUUCUGUUGACAUCAUUAAAAGCGGAGGAUACAAGAUCAGUGCGCUGGAUGUCGAGCGCCACCUUCUGGGACACCCUGAUAUUGCAGAUGUUGCAGUUAUUGGCGCCCCUGAUAUGACCUGGGGUCAGAAGGUGGUAGCAGUUGUCCAGUUGCAGGAAGGAUGUUCAUUGUCCCAGAAGGAGCUGAAGGAAUGGGCCAGGGAACAUUUGGCCACGUACAGUCUUCCCUCUGAGCUGAUCCUCGUGGAAGGGAUACCUCGCAACCACAUGGGAAAAGUGAACAAGAAAGAUCUGCUCAAAUGCUUCUAUCCCACACCCAGCAAGUAGAAGGCCACUCUCCUCCAUGUCUCAGUUACUGUUGCCUUGCUGAAGAUCCAAAAUAUACUCAGAUUCCAUCUUAGUCUGAGCCUUUCCAAUCAUCAUCGACAGGGAACAGAUAGCACUUACAUCAAUGGUUGGAGGAUAGUAAAUUGGAGACAAGAUGAUUUGUGCCCUCCUUUAUUAGUGGCGAAUAUGUUUCCAGUUCCAUGUUGUGGUACACAGUGUAGCCACUUUAUCUACUGGUCACUUAUUUACUCUUCAGUUCCAAAUCUGACUGUAGCCUAACUACCAGGACUCGACUAAGACAUUUGACAGUAAAAUAGAUAUUAGAAUCACUAGCAAUUGCAGUGAUCUCUCUGCAGUCUGUGUCCAUUUUCUUGAUGUGCUCAUUAUUUAUAUGUACAGUUUCCAUUCAUUUUUUCAAGCUCUCAAUGUUAAACAAUUUUAAUUCUCCAUUUCCUUCAAUGCAAGACUCAAGGUUUCCUGUGUCACUGUUUUUGUUUGAAGUAAAUUCAGACACAACUUUGGGAAAAAUAGGUUGUGCCUUA